CCUAUUAGGCAAUUAGACCGGACACGGUCAUCCUCCAUUAGUUCCUGCCUCCCUCCCUUCAUUACCCCACAACCACAAACUCUGCAUAUACAAAACCAAAUCAAACCCACCGUUAUCUCUUUCACCUUCGCUAGCCACGCAGACACCCAGAUAUUAAAACUCCCAAAGCUUCCAUCUUUAUUGUCAAGAAUGGCAGAAACCCAGUGAAAGAACCCAAAAAAAUGGACAUUGACAGACAUCCCCAUCGGAGCACAAGUAGCGGCGGCACCACUAGUACUACAAGUGAGCUCUUCAUUUGCUUCACUUCUCGUCUCUCCUCCUCUUCAAUGAAGUGCAUUCUCAGUCCUGGCCGUGCCAGAGAACCCUCUCAAAUCUCUCUCUCCGCUUCACUUAGUAGAAGACUUAAAACCAAUGGCAGCAUCAAAGGCGGCCAAUCCCCAAUGUUCCCCAAAAAACGCGGCGCCGGAUUCGACAACGUCGAACCCAGCUCCCCGAAAGUGACCUGCAUCGGUCAGGUGAGAGUGAAGACGAAGAAACAGGGGAAUAAAAUGAGGACCAGAUCGAAGCGAAGAGCAGGAGGAGGUGGAGGGGAUGUUAGUUUCAGAAGGGUUGAUCAGAACAAGAAUCCAAAUCAAGAUUACACAAGUAGUACAAAUAAUCAUGUGAAUCCGGAGUGUUUGCCCCACAGAAAUCAAAGAUGGGUUCACUUGCCGGUGACAAUUUGUGAAGCAUUGAGAACAUUUGGGGCUGAAUUGAAUUGCUUCAUACCUUGCCGGUCUAAUUGUAUGAAGGAGAAGGAGGAGGCGAAGGCUGAGGGAUCUGGAGGGAGUUCUUGUGGGGCGGUGUUUGCGCGGUGGUUGGUGGCGGUGCAGGAAGGGGAAGCGGAAGGGAGGGAAAUAGAGUUGGUGGUUGGAGACGAAGGGAGAGUUGAGAAUAAUAGUAGUACUACGGAGAUGAUGAUGAUGAGGAGUCAGAGGAGGCAUGUGUUUGAAGAGAUAGAGUUCAAAGAAGAAAUGUUUGAGACAAAGAAUGUUAAAUCAGAGGAAGAGGAGGAAGGAAGAGUGAGUAUUUGUAUACCACCCAAGAAUGCUCUUUUACUGAUGAGAUGCAGAUCUGAUCCUGUCAAAAUGGCUGCACUUGCUAAUAAGUUCUGGGAGGCACCAGAAGUAGAGGAAGAGAACGAAGCACAUGUGGAGCAAGAACAGGAUGGUGAGAAAGAGAAAUUGAAUCUUGGGCUUGAAAGGGAGUUCAAAGAAAGCAGAGAGAGUGAGGAAUGUGAAAAGUUGGGUUCUUGUGUAAGUGUUGAAGAUGAAGAAAUGCCAGAAGUUGCAGACACGGCAUUAGUUCUUGAUGGAGUUGAAGGAGAUGUACAAGAAGAAAACCCAGAAGGGAACAAAGAAGUCAGUGAAGCUGAGAACUUUGAGAAGCAAGACGAGGAAGCAGCGACUGAGCAGCAGAUCCAGACAGAACCAGUUGAGGAAAGUCAAGAAACUGAAACUUCUGCAGAUCUAGAGGAGUUACAACAUGAAGAAAAUGUCCCCGUUUUGGUUCAAGAGAGUGAAGAAGACAAUCUUGUAGAAACGGAACCAGAAAUCCAUGGAGCAGACAACAAUGUAGUGGAUCACAGUGAUGAAAUCGUUGAAAUUAUUGUAGCGACAAUUCCAAGUUCUGGUGAAGAACAAGUUGCAGAAGAGUUGCAAGACCAUGAAUCGAAACCAGAACCGAAUCAAAGUCCAGCAGCAGAGGAGGAAACAGAGGACACAGAGAAGACUUGCCAAGAAGAACAACAGUUAGUAACCCAUCAGAGAUCCGAACCCGAAUACUCGGAAACCCAGGAGGACGAAGUGGGUUUUGAGUCCAAGGAGGAGACGGCGAAGACAGAAUCAACAGCUUCGGUGUUACCAGAUUGUUUACUGUUAAUGAUGUGCGAGCCAAAGCUAUCAAUGGAGGUCUCCAAGGAGACAUGGGUUUGCAGUACGGACUUCAUCAGAUGCUUGCCUGUGCAUUCAAGACAGGUCAAUAAAACGGGCGGCGGAGCCAAACCAAAAAGUAAGAGUAAGGUCUGCAAAACGGACGGUGGAGAUGAAUUGAAAAAGAGCAUCAGCAUCGUCUCCAAUCCUGUGCCGGUGCAGCAAUUGCCGCAGCCGUCAAGGUCUUCCUGCUCGUAUCCGUCUGGGGCGGCGGCAUACGGAGCCGACGCUACUUCAUCAUCGAUGGCUAACAUGAUUGAGCAGAAGCUGGAGGGAGGCAAGGUUUACGAGCCGUUCGCGCUCUCCCGCUGCAAGUCUGAGCCGAGGAGGUCAGCGGCUAAGCUAGCUGCUCCAGAGGCUUGUUUCUGGAAGAAUAGGAAACUGGAGCCGCAUCGGCCUUCGGCUACACUUGGAGUCGGCGCGGCUGGAGUUGGAUUUUAAAUCCUAGUUGAUAGGAAAUAAAAAUAAUAGAGUAAUUUGGUAGAAAAGUUUGGUAAGUUUGCAUGUGUAGAAGGUUAGUAGUUGUUGUCUUUUUUAAUUUUGCUUGUAAAGUUUCAAUUUUUAUUGGGUUUGUUGUAUUGGGUUAGUAGUGAAUAGUGUUGUGUUCUUUUCUUUGACAACUUGUUUUCAUGGAGAAUUAUUGGUGAUAAUUAUUUGAAUGUAGUGCCAUGUUACUAGUGAGGUGUUUAGGAUCCAAUUGGGGCUUUUUGGUUUGA